AUCUGUAAUUGUGUCCCCCCCUCUAAUCUUAAACUUGGUCUGACGACCCCACGUGUGAAAAAGGAGCAACUUCGCGUUGCAUGUGGUUUAACUGUACGCCAUGAAUUUAUUUUAAUAAACACCCCAAAGUUUAGACAAUUCUCGAAAAUGUUGUUUGGAAAAGAAGUGCCAUGGCGGCGUUUGGAGGGCAUGUCGUUUGGCAUGUAUUCUGCCGAAGAGAUAAGAAAGUUGAGCGUGAAGGCGAUCACUAACUUCAGGUUCCUCGAUGCUGUUGGGAAUGUGGCCCCGAACAGCCUGUACGAUCUGGCCCUGGGACCAGCAGACAGCAAAGAGGUGUGUUCAACCUGCUGCCAGGACUUCAACAACUGUCCAGGACACCUGGGACAUGUAGAGCUACCUCUACCUGUAUAUAACCCGCUGUUCUUCGAUAAACUCUACCUGCUGAUUCGUGGUUCCUGUCUGGCGUGUCACAUGUUAACGUGUCCCCGAGCCGCCAUCCACCUGCUGCUGAACCAGCUGAGGUUAGUGGACCAUGGAGCCAUGCAGGAGGUCUACCAAGCAGAACAAGUUCUCAGCCAGCACCUGGAGGAGAAUCCCAAAGCCACUGGAGAUGAGAUCGAGCUGGUGCUUAAGACGUUUACAGACACGAUAGUUGGAGUGAACACUGAAAGGUCAGAGAACACCAAACCGAUUAAACACCUUGUUGAAAAGAAGAGCAGUCUGAUAAAUGACUUCUGGAAGAUCCACACGAAAUCUAGGAAGUGCCCUUACUGCGGGAGUGGCAGGUUUACAGUCCGUCGUGAACACAACAGUAAGCUGAUUGUCACAAUGCCAUCAGGAGCACAGACCAGUGACAAUACCGAUGAGGAUCUGAUGGCCGGAAAGAGAGCCUACAUGACGACUAGUACUGCUAGAGAGCACACCAACAAACUGUGGGAGAAAGAAGGUUUCUUCUUAAAGUGUCUGUUCUCUGGGCUGGAGGAGGGGACGGCGACAAAGGAGCGAGAGAAAUGCUGCUAUCCAGACCUCUUCUUCCUGGAUCUACUGGUGGUCCCACCUUGCCGGUAUCGUCCGAUCAAUCGACUGGGUGACCAGAUGUUUACAAACGGUCAGACAGUCAACAUGCAGGCUGUCAUGAAGGACUGCGGAAUCAUAAGGAAACUUCUGGCUCUCAUAGCAGGGGAGAAAACUGCUCAGGAGGAAGAGGCUCCCGAACAGACAGACCAGGCGUUUCUGUCGGGGAUCCCUGGGCUGACAUUAACAGAUAAACUCUACAACAUCUGGAUCCGACUACAGACCCACGUUAACAUCGUCUUUGACAGUGACAUGGAUAAAAUGAUGACCGAGAAAUACCCUGGAAUCAGACAGAUCUUGGAGAAGAAGGAAGGCUUGUUCCGGAAACACAUGAUGGGAAAACGAGUGGACUACGCUGCACGAUCUGUCAUCUGUCCAGACAUGUACAUAGGGACCAACGAGAUAGGAAUACCUAUGGUGUUUGCCACCAAGCUGACUUACCCGCAGCCCGUCACUCCAUGGAACGUGAAGGAGCUUCGUCAGGCCGUUCUGAAUGGGCCCAACGUCCACCCCGGUGCUUCCAUGGUGAUAAACGAGGAUGGCAGGAGAACCAUCCUAUCAGCUAGCAGCCUUGCACAGAGAGAAGCUGUUGCCAAGCAACUGCUGACGCCCUGUCCUGGUCCACAGAAGAUGUCCAUGAAGAUAGUGAAUCGUCAUAUAAAGAACGGAGAUGUUUUGUUGCUGAACAGACAACCGACUCUGCACAGACCCUCCAUACAAGCCCACUGCGCACGUAUCUUACCAGGAGAGAAGGUACUACGGCUCCACUAUGCCAACUGCAAGGCGUACAAUGCUGACUUUGAUGGAGACGAAAUGAACGCGCACUUCCCUCAAAGUGAGCUGGGCAGAGCAGAGGCCUACACGUUAGUUAGCACUGACCAGCAGUACCUCGUCCCCAAGGAUGGUAAACCUUUAGCAGGUCUGAUCCAGGACCACAUGGUAUCGGGUACGAGGAUGACGAUACGAGGCUGUUUCUUCACCAGAUUCCAGUACACUGAGUUGGUGUACAGAGGACUGACUGACAAACCGGGCAGGGUUAAACUGCUGCCGCCGGCCAUACUCAAACCACAGCAACUAUGGACAGGAAAGCAGGUGGUGUCCACGCUCCUGCUGAAUGUAAUCCCACAGAAGGCUGUGCCUCUCAACCUGGUUGGCAAAUCAAAAAUCCCCAGCAAAGCAUGGAUCCAAGUCCCACCACGAGCUGCUCCAGGAUACAGACCUGACAGCAUGUGUGACUCACAGGUGGUUAUUCGUCAGGGGGAGCUGUUGGUGGGGGUCCUGGACAAGGCUCACUACGGCUCCUCAGCCUACGGCCUGGUCCACUGCUGCUAUGAGCUGUACGGAGGGGAGACCAGUGGCAAACUGCUCAGCUGUCUGGCUCGACUCUUCACUGCUUACCUGCAGCUAUACAGAGGCUUUACUCUGAGUGUGGAAGACAUCCUGGUGAAACCGGGCGCCAACAAGCAGAGGAAAAAAAUAAUUAAAGAAUCACUGAAGAUUGGUACCAAAGCCCUCCAGGCAGCCUUCAACCUGCCCUCCAAUGUGGAUCAAGCUGAGGCUCAGAGCCGCUGGCAGGACGCUCACCUCAACCCAGACCAGAGAGACUUCAGCAUGGCCGACCACAAGUUCAAAGAAGUGGCCAACCAAGUGAACAAUGACAUUAACAAGGUGUGCAUGCCAGUCGGACUCCACACCUCUUUCCCAGACAACAACCUCCAGCUGAUGGUCCAAUCAGGAGCCAAGGGAUCUACUGUAAACACCAUGCAGAUUUCGUGUCUGCUAGGUCAGAUCGAGUUGGAGGGCCGUAGGCCUCCACUGAUGCCUUCUGGGAAAUCCUUGCCGUGCUUCCAGCCAUAUGACCCUGCACCCAGUGCCGGGGGCUUCGUUUCUGGAAGGUUCCUCACAGGCAUCAAACCACAGGAGUUUUUCUUCCACUGUAUGGCUGGCAGAGAGGGACUGGUCGACACAGCUGUGAAAACAUCUAGAUCAGGAUACCUGCAGAGAUGUGUCAUAAAGCAUCUGGAGGGUUUGGUGGUGCAGUACGAUCUUACGGUGAGGGACAGCGAUGGAUCUGUGGUCCAGUUCCUGUACGGUGAAGACGGGCUGGAUAUCCCCAAGACUCAGUUCCUGCAGCCAAGACAGUUCCCCUUCAUAGAGGACAACUAUGAGGUCAUCAAGAGGUCCCAGGGCCUGGAUGGGGUUUUGGCCCGUUUGGACCCUCAGACUGCCAAUCGACACUUUGCGGCCAUCCAGCGCUGGAGAGCAAAGAGAGAGGUGGCGUGUCCACGGAGAGGAGCGUUCUUGCUGUUUUCCCAGAAGAAGUUGGCCAAACUGAAACAGACGGAACAAAGAACAGAGCCAGACGUCUACGGCAGAAAUGCUGCUGUACUGCAGCUCGUACAGCAGUGGCACUCUCUGGAUGAGUCCAGCAGAUCAAAAUACAGCAGGAAGUCCUCCCGCUGCCCUGACCCAUCUCUUGGCUUGUUAAGGCCUGACGUCUGCUUCGGAUCAGUGUCUGAAAACUUUCACGACGUCACAGACAAAUACCUGCAGAGCAGAGGCACGAAGAGUCAAGACAGCCUGGACCCCCACAGCCUUCGCCAGCUGUUGCACUAUAAGUGGCAGCGUUCACUGUGUGAUCCAGGUGAAGCAGUGGGUCUGCUGGCAGCUCAGUCCAUAGGCGAGCCCUCCACCCAGAUGACCCUCAACACCUUCCACUUUGCCGGCAGAGGAGAGAUGAACGUCACUUUGGGAAUACCUCGACUGAGAGAGAUCCUGAUGGUGGCCGGCUCCAACAUUAAAACCCCCAUGAUGAGCGUUCCAGUGCUAAACAACAAGAAAGCCUUGAAGAGAGCCAAGACGCGUAAGAAACUCACCAGAGUCUGUCUGGCUGAGGUGCUGCAAAAAGUGGAUGUAGUAGAAACAUUGCGGAUCCAAAAUCACGAAAAGUUGCGGACGUUCAAAGUCACCUUCCACUUCCUGUCUCCUGACCGUUACUGUGACGACAAGCUGCUAUCACCCCAACAGAUCCUCCACUACAUGGAAACCAGGUUUUUCCGUCUCCUCCUUGAAGGGAUUAAGAAGCGCAGUGCCAAGCUGGCGUCCAUCGCCGUGGAAACAAGGAAGGCCACCCUCAGAGAUAAGGACAAUGAUGGUGAUGGAACAGCUGACACAGCAGGGUUAGAUGAUGGGGAGGGAGAGGAGGAACGAGAGAUUGUUGAUGACCAGGGGAACGAAGGAGACGCUGAUGCUUCAGACGCCAAGCGCAGAGACAAACAGGAAGAGGAGGUGGACUAUGAGAGUUCGGAGGAGGACGGAGGUGACGAAGGCGAGGAUAAAGAAGAUCAGGAGGACGAAGAGGAGGAGGGGAAGGAGAACGUGGAGGACACUCUGGAGGAUUCUCAGCCAGAGUCUGCAGGAGUCAGAGCGGAGAGGAAGAAGAAACAAUCAAAAAGAAGGGGGGGAGAAGGACAGGAGACCUUGAAUCAGAUGAGAGUGAACUCUGUUCUGGAGUCCAGCCCGGCGAUAGAGAGAUACUGCUACGAUCUCCAGCACGAACUCUGGUGUGAGGUUGACCUGGUCUUGCCGGUGAGCAAGGUGCACUUCGACCUUACCUCAGUUCUGUCAACACUGGCCCAGAACGCCGUCAUCAUGGAGACCAAAGGCUUGACACGCUGCCUGCUGGGCGAAACCACGACAAAGACUGGAAGGAAAGAGACUGUUCUCAACACGGAGGGCAUCAACAUGCACGAAAUGUUCAGGCACAGUGAUAUCUUGGACAUCAACAGACUGUACUCCAAUGAGGUCCAUGCCAUGGCUAACACCUAUGGGAUUGAAGUGGCUCUGAAGGUCAUAGAGAAGGAGAUCAAAGACGUCUUUGCUGUCUAUGGCAUCGAGGUAGACCCCAGACAUCUGUCACUGGUAGCAGAUUACAUGUGUUUUGAGGGUGUAUAUAAGCCAUUAAACCGGCACGCCAUCCAGUCCAACUCGUCCCCUCUGCAGCAGAUGACCUUCGAGACCAGCUACAAAUUCCUCAAACAGGCCACCAUGCUGGGGUCACGCGAUCAGCUGGCGUCACCCUCGGCCUGCCUGGUGGUGGGGAAGGUAGUCAAAGGUGGAACAGGACUGUUUGAACUGAAACAGCCUCUGCAGUAGGAGAGGAGAUAUUGCAGUCAAAUUAGCUGGAUGUGACAGAUGAGGACACCUCGCAUGGACUGAUAUGAUCACAGAGCCGGAGUGGCUUCACUUUCAGUACUGCUGACUCCAGCUCCUACGAGACACGUAUGUUCUCUGGCAAAUUAAUAGGAAUAGGAACAGUUAUCUCAGUCCCAAAUUAAUGCGGUGGAUGUGACAAAUGUUCUUUAAAAUUGGUGUUUUGAUGGUGCCUCUCCUAGAAGCAUUCAAUCUGGAUGACAAACAACCUUAUUAUUGUUAUUUUUGUAUUUAAUAAUAGAAUUAAAGUUGAAAUGUGUAUAAAAAAAA